AUGCCAGUUCGUAAGCAAGAGGCCCAUCGAGCAUUGGAAUUGCUGGAAGACUACCACAGCAAGUUAGUUAAGCCACAAGACCGACAGCUUCGCCUGGCCAUUGAAAGAGUUAUCAGAAUUUUUAAGUCACGACUUUUUCAAGCUCUUCUUGAUAUUCAAGAGUUUUACGAAUUAACACUACUUGAUGACAACAAAAGUAUUCAGCAGAAGACUGCAGAGACUAUUCGUAUAGCAAACAAAUGGGAAGCUGAUGGUGUCCGUCGUGAAUCACAAACUGGGGACAAUGAUUAUAGAUCAGUUUCGAAUGCUUUUCUUCAAGACAACAACAGAAAAACCGAUCGCAAUGUUGACACACCAGACUCAGGGCGGAUGGCGAUUCCUUCGAUUAUAUCUCCAAGCGGAGAAACAGAAGAGAAAAAGGGCUAUGCACACUUGGUUUCCAAAAUGACUGAGAGACGGAAGAAAAAAACUCAUAAUGGAUUCCUACGGAAAGUCUCGUCCUUAUUUAAUCUUGAUACGGCUCACGUUUCAACACCUGAAAUGAAGCAGUUGCAGAUAAACGGAAUAGAAGGCGGGUCGGAGCGUACAGUUGGUGAUGAUGGCUCUAUAUACUUAACCGUAGUGCUUUCCCGUGCGGGCGGCGCCGGGUUAGGCUUUAGUAUUGCAGGAGGCUCGGAUAACCCUCACAUUGCCGAUGACCCGCUUAUUUAUGUCACAAAACUCAUACCCGGUGGGGCCGCGGCGGCCAGUCAACUGCAAAUCAAUGACGCAAUAUUACAGGUUAAUGACACGUCAGUUGAGAAUGUAACACAUGCAGAAGCAGUAGAUGCAUUAAAAAAGGCAGGCAGUACAGUAAGACUGAAAGUAAGGCGUCGGCCAACGUCAGGCGGCGAGGACACGUUAAACGUAUCACAAAUAUCAAAUAAAGAGGAAGCUGUAGAGAUUGAAUUAGUGAAAGGUGGUUCAGGACUAGGGUUCAGCAUAGCCGGUGGUGUCGGGAACCAGCACAUACCGGGCGAUAAUGGGAUAUACGUCACAAAGAUCAUGGCAGGAGGCGCAGCGCAUAGGGAUGGACGAUUAAGGGUUGGGGAUAAAUUGCUUAUGGUUAAAAAUACCUCUAAAGGUGAUGUAAACUUAGACAACGUAACCCACGAAGACGCGGUGAGCGCCUUGAAAGCGUCAGGCGAGCGAGUCCUGCUCGUGCUCAUACCCGGCCCGCGCCACGGACAGCCUUCGCCUAGGACUUCCAGAGCCAAUACUCCAUCAAGCACGGCGAACUCUCUACGGCGCGAGGACGUGACGGACGGCGGCGACGAGACCCGCGUGGUGGAGCUAGAGAAGGGCCCUCAAGGGCUGGGCUUCAACAUCGUGGGCGGUGAAGACGGGCACGGUAUAUACGUGUCGUUCCUGCUGGCCGGCGGGCCCGCGGAACGCUCGGCGCAACUCAGGCGCGGCGACCGCCUGCUCGCCGUCAAUGAUGUGGAUAUCACCCACGCCACUCAUGAACAAGCUGCCAAGGCUCUCAAGAGUACAGGUCAAAACGUGAAGCUGACCGUAGUGUACAGGCCGCAGGAAUACAACAAGUUUGAAGCUAGAAUCAAUGAACUCAAACAACACCAUACACUACUAAGAACAUCCCAGAAACGGUCUUUAUAUGUCAGAGCGCUUUUUGACUAUGAUCCGAUUAGAGAUGACGGCUUACCUUCCCGAGGGCUGCCGUUCCGUUACGGAGAUAUUUUGCACGUCACCAACGCGUCGGACGACGAGUGGUGGCAAGCACGACGCCUGGACACGACGGACCCGGAGGCGAUCGGCAUCAUCCCGUCGAAGCGGCGCUGGGAGCGCAAGCAGCGCGCGCGCGACCGCCAGGUCAAGUUCCAGGGGCAGGGCACGCCCGUUAGCACGAGUCAAUCAACGUUGGAAAGGAAAAAGAAAACAUUAUCAUUCAGCAGAAAAUUUCCGUUCAUGAAGAGCCGAGAAGACGGCAAAUCUGAAGACGGCUCGGACCAAGAGCCUUUCAUGCUUUGUUACACGCAAGAGGAUGCUAACGCGGACGGGGAAAUCUUGUACCGAGUGGAACUUCCCAUGAUGGAGGAGAUAACGCUCAUUUAUCUCGAGGACGAGAGUCAAGAUGAAGCGGUUUUGUCAUAUGAAACGGUCCAACAGUUGACGAUUAAUUACACACGACCAGUCAUUAUUCUCGGCCCCUUGAAGGAUAGGAUCAAUGAUGACCUGAUAUCUGAGUUUCCCGACAAAUUCGGAAGCUGCGUGCCUCACACAACGCGACCACGACGCGACUACGAAGUGGACGGGCGCGACUACCACUUCGUGGGCAGCCGCGAGCAAAUGGAGCGCGACAUUCAGAACCAUCUGUUCAUAGAGGCGGGGCAGUACAACGAGAACCUGUACGGGACUUCAGUCGCUUCUGUUAGAGAAGUUGCUGAGAAGGGCAAACAUUGCAUUUUGGAUGUAAGCGGUAACGCCAUUAAGAGGUUACAAGUGGCGCAACUCUACCCUAUUGCCAUAUUUAUUAAACCAAAGAGUGUAGAAUCUAUUAUGGAAAUGACGAAGCGAAUGACCGAAGAUCAAGCUAAGAAGACAUACGAACGUGCUCUAAAGAUGGAGCAAGAAUUCGCUGAGUAUUUUACAGCGGUAGUGACAGGCGACACGCCGGAGGAGAUCUACGGUAAAGUGAAGGCAGUGAUCACGGCGGAGAGCGGGCCCACCGUGUGGGUGCCGCGCCGCGACCCGCUG